AUGGGCAGUAAUCAUAGCCAUCUUGCAAGUUCCGAAAUUUGCAUUAGUGAUUUGACUUGUAAUGUUGAAACAGAUGUUUCUGCCAUGGUUAUGAUGGGUAUCAUGACCUGCGUAUUCAUAAUCAUGCUUGUCGUUAAUAGUUAUUUAUUAAUUAGAGAAAUCAAAUAUGGCUCACUAUUUAAAUCUAGGUUACUGUUUUAUAUUCUGACUACGUUUUAUUUGCUAGGAAGUUUGUUGUUCUUUGCGAUGCAUGGUCUUGCGAGAUUUGUAUUUCGAGUGAAUGAAAAACAAGUGAACGGUGAGACAGAUUUUAAUCCAGUGCUGUUUCUAUCAACUCAUAUUGCUUUAUAUUGGAGCGAAACAAUACUUGCUUGCGCUUUUUUGUUUGUGUGCGUGAAUUAUAUGGAAAUAUUUCUACAUUCUAAGGGAUUUUCCAUUAUUUAUUCUAAGGAACAAACAUCCAAAUUAAGAUUUGGUGUCACUUCAAUAAUUGUCAUUGCCAAUAUUAUUGAGAUUGUUCUAUUUAUCAUUAUGACAAUAUUUUUUCCAACACAAGAUAAUCAUAUGGUUGAAACGGUUUUGUCGUUCCAAGUUCUAUUCCAAAUUAUUUUGAGUGUUUUAGUAGUAACUUUCUUCAUUGUGUGGAUUUAUGUGAGUAAGAAAUCAAUAUGGCAAGGGGCACACACUAAUGAAGCGCUAUCUGUACUCACACAGAAAAUGUUCUGUGUAGCUUCCAUGUUUGCUUUUUUAAUAAUUCUAAAGGCUAUUGCAAAUAUUUUCCUAUUAAUUUACGUCUCUAUGUGUGGUAUUAUCUGCCUUAAUGUGAAUGUGAUUUUAUCUGCCGCUACAGCUGCAGUAACUGAUUUAUUUCCGCUAAUUUCAAUUUAUUACAUUUUCAGAGUGUCUGACAGCAAUGCACAUGAGGAAAUACGAAAUGAUGGAAAUGGUUUGGUCACAUUGCAGCCUGUAUCUCAAAUAUCCAACCCUAACCCCGUUGUUGCUAACGAACGCAGAUCUAACGAUAAUAUUGAGUUCGAAGAUGAGGAUUAA